AUGUCUGAAUUGGUGCCUGUUGAUGAAAAAUUAUUUGCUCGGAUUCUUCACUGCCCAAGUUGCGGUCAUGAAUAUCACGAGCAGCUGUCGAAUAUCGCUUUGGACGAGAGCACCGAUUCUGAAUCUCCUAAGAGACGCAGAAUGACCGAUCCUGCUUCGUUGGUUUGUCCAAAGUGUAACGUAACCAUCAAGGAGGAGAAAUCGGACGAUGUGAAUACCCGCAUGGAAGCUGGGAUGGCUGGUCCACUGUCUGGUGAUCACCAUACUACCAAGGCUUCUCAAGAAGACAUUUGCGGCAACCGUCCUCGUGAAGCUAAGCCGGAAAAACCAAACAAAAUGCAUGAGGAUGAUGGUGGUUUGAUAAUCGACGUAGAAAAUGUCACACCAUCACCUCCGGAUCGACUUAUCAUCGCGAAUUCUCCUACGGCUGACAGCAAAAAUUCCAUUCCAUCUGAAACGUCAAAUGGCAGCACUGUUCAUGUGAAGGCUGAAGUUAAGAAGGAAGCAUCUUUGUCCAGUGAUUCUUUGCGCGACGCAAAGCCUUCUGUAAAUGAUAAACAUAAUAUUCCUCCUGGUCCAUGUCCUGAUGAACUUCAGCAUCCCAACGAUACUACUGUUGAAAAAGAAAUUAAGUUGGAAGACGAUAAACCUUCGCCUCCUGAUCUUCUGAGUAUCCUGAGAAAUAGGGAACUAUGGUCUCCUAUUUCUGAUGAUGAAAUUUCACCAAAUACUACGCCCAUGGCAAAUUCACCCUUUCCCAACAUCCAGAACCCGAUUCUGGGAAGUGGAGCGAGUUCGUCUGCUUUCAUCCCAAAUCCAUUGGUUACUCCGCUGUCGUCUUUGCCUCCCUUUAAUGUCCAGAAUCCAGCGCUUGGCAUUGUCCCACCUGGAAUCACCAAUAAUUCGAUGAACAAUAUGGCUUCAACUCUUCUCAAUCUUCCUCUUUCGCCUCUGAAUGCUACUCCAAACUAUUCUCUCUCUCCAUAUUCCGGGAAUCUGCUGGGUAAUAUGACACCACCUUUCCCUAAUCUCAGCGUACCGCCACCACCUCUAGGUGGUAUUGCAAACUUUUGUCCUCCUGUCUUUGCCAACACACCAAUGGAAAAUCCAAUACCGCGCCCACCACCCAUGUCUACCCUUCAACAUCCAACUUUGGGGAAUACGCUAAAUCGUGGAUUUGUUCCGUUUACGGAAGAUCCAUCAAAUAAUAUGACAUCCUCUUCCGUUUCUCCUAACAUCCACGUCCCUCAAGGCGCUUUUACAGGGCCCGGUAUAAUUCCAGGUACUCCACAGAUGAAUGUUCCUCCCAACAUCCACGCUCCUCAAGCGGCUGUCGCAAGACCCAGUGCAGUUCCAGGCACUCCACAGAUGAAUGUGCCUCGUAACAUCCACGCUCCACAAGCCACUGUUGCAAGGCCCGGUGCAGUUCCAGCCUCUCCACAGAUGGAUGUUCCUGCAAACAUCCACGGACCUCAAGCCGCUGUUGCAAGGCCAGCUGAAGUUUCAGGUGCUACACAGAUGGAUGUUCCAGCGAACAUUUACGGUCAUCAAGGCGUUGUUGCAAGAUCCGGUACAGUUCCAGUUGCUCCACAGAUGAAUGUUCCUCCUAACAUCCACGCUCCUCAAGGCGCUGCUGUAAGGCCCAGUACAGUUCCAGGUACUACACAGAUGAAUGUUCCUCCUAACAUCCACGCUCCUCAAGGCGCAACUGUAAGGCCCAGUGCAGUUCCAGGUACUACACAGAUGAAUGUGCCUCGUAACAUCCACGCUCCUCAAGCCACUGUUGCAAGGCCCGGUGCAGUUCCAGCCUCUCCACAGAUGAGUGGUCCAUCUAACAUCCACGCUCCACAAAGCGCUCUUGUAAGGUCUGGUUCGCUUCCGGCUACUCCACAGAGGAAUGUUUCUCCUAAAGUCCACGGUCUUCAAGGCGCUGUUGGAAAGCCCGUUGUAGUCCCAGGUACUCCGCAGGUGAAUGUUCCUUCUAACAUCCACGCUCCUCAGGGCGCUGUUGUAAGGCCCGGUGUAGUUCCAGGUACUCCACAGAUGAAUAUGCAGGCUUCAGCUCCUGUUAGAGCCAAUCCUUCACCUCAAAGUACUAUCACGGGCUCUAAUACUCGUACUUGUGUCAAGAAUACAGCCACGAGUCCAAGUGCUCCGCAGCCUUUGCCAAAGCCUUUGCCGAAACGUCCUAUCGUUACUAGGCCUGCAGCUACCGCUAGUGCUCCUACGCAUGGACAUGCGCCGCCACCGAACGCAAAUUUGAGCGCACCGGAAUAUCAGUGUCUACAGCAGUUGACUGGGGCACCAGUAAUGAACGCACUGGAAAAGCCUCUGUUUGCUAUGUGCAUUAAAUGUAAUACUGAAUUCUAUGAAUUGAAACCUAUGGAUUUCAAACUGCUCUUCCCAGCAGAAUCUAUUCAAACAUCGUCGAAUCUGGCAGAUCUGGUUUCAUCCUUAUCCAGCGGUGAUCCGGGAGCUUUACAGCCGGCAACUUCUACGCAUACGCAUACUCGUGCUCCUUCUGCCUUGGUUUCUGAUGUUUCGAACGUUGGUCCAUCAUCUUCUCGUGCAACUCAGCAGCUGGGACGUCACGGAUCUGCGCAUAGUCUUUUGUGUAACCAAGACCAACCAACCUCAUCACACCAGGAAGACAUGUACCGUCAGUCUUGCGAAUUUUUGAGAAGCAGAGGAAUUACUCCGGAACCCAGUCCUACGGUGCAAGGGAAUCAGAACACUGCCACGAUUCGCCGUACAGUUCCAUCUGGGCGUCGUUCCACUAAGAAUAUUGGAACCAGCGGAAACAGUGCUAAAUAA